UUCGCUUUCACAAACUCAGCCGGUCGGUGUUGUUAUGAACUGCGUCACUUUGCUAAUUUGUUGCGAGAUAGAGGAGUUGGUGGAGUAAUCUCGUGAAGCGGUUCAACGGUUUUAUUGGCAAUAUUCAAGUAAUUUUGUGUCUCGAUUUUUUAUAUUUAUCGAGUCUACAUUUGGCACGAUGGUAAAGGUGUCGUUCAAUUCGGCCCUCGCUCAGAAAGAUGCGAGAAAGGAAGAAGAAAAGAGCGAAACUCUUAUCAUUCCCGAAGACAAGGAUCCUGAAGAUGUGAUUCAUAUCCACCAAAAGUCAAAAACCUGGCGCUGUUGCAAGUACCUUGGACUAGCUCUGAUGCUGUCUGGUGUGGUAGUUGGAGGUGUUUAUCUCUACAGAUACUUCAUGUACCCGGAAGUGUUAAUCUGUGGAUACAAGUACCGUGAAGACGAUUACAUGAUCCCAAAUGCACCCAACCCGUCUGCUCGUUUGCGUGAGAUUGAAGAAAGAAUCCGUAUUCUUGAGGAGGAACAAGUUGAGCUGAUUAACGUCCCUGUCCCAGAGUUUGCUGACAGUGACCCGGCUGACAUAGUUCAUGAUUUUCACAGAAGGCUUACAGCUUACCUGGAUCUCAGUCUUAACAGAUGCUAUGUGAUUCCCUUGAAUACUUCUAUUGUCAUGCCACCAAGAGACUUUCUGGAGCUGCUGAUUAACAUCAAGGCUGGAACCUACCUUCCCCAGUCGUAUCUGAUCCACGAACAGAUGAUUGUCACUGAUCGCAUUGAAAAUGUCGAUCAGUUGGGCUAUUUUAUUUAUAACCUGUGCCGUGGCAAGGAGACCUACAGACUUCAGCGCAGAGAUGUUAUUAGAGGCAUUCAGAAGCGUGAGGCUUUGAACUGCCACACAAUCCGUCACUUUGAGAAUAGGUUUGCUGUUGAAACUGUCAUCUGUGAGAAGUAGUGCACAGAACCACUCAAGUGACAGCUUGCUGUUGAAAAAACACACUUAUUUUUUCACUUUUGUGUGCAGUGAUUUGAGUUUUUAAUCCUGCUGUUGCUUUCUAUUUUUGUAUGAACUAGUAAUGUUAACAGGGUUGUGUUGUAAAACUUCAUCCUACUCAUCUCAUAGCAGCAACUAGCUAUUGAGAAGUUAUUCUGUCAAGUGUUGUUUUAAUUUUUUUAAUAAUAAAAAAAUAGCGGCAAUAUUCUAAAAACAAUGGUAUUUACAUCUAAUCUCUUUUUAGGAAGUUUCAUUUUCAGGGUUUAACUGCUUGUUUGAUUAAUGUAAACUUUAAAUGGAAUCCAGGUGAAUUAGAAGAAUAUGUCAUGGACUGGGCAAUAUAACGCUAUCUGUAUUUUAAAAAUGCAAAGUAAUCUAAAAAAUUGCAGUUCACUUCAAAUUUUAUACCACUUACCUGGCUGUAGACUGUUUUAUCCAUUUUUUUUUUUUUUCUAGGUUUUACGUUUUACUUAUUUGUGGUAACCAAUAAGAUACCGCAAAGCAUUUGGAAAAUGUAUAGCUUACUUAUAGUACUAAUUUGUAUAUUGCCUUCGUUCUGUGUAAAAGGUAACUUAUACCACAAUAAAUCUUGGACUCGA